AUGACCCUUUUCAAGAGUGAAUAUCGCAGCCCACAACAUAUGAGCAUGACUGGAGAGCUGAAAUCGAGCCACUCUAAGACGGGAGCAGCCAAGAGGCCUAGCAGGGCUUUGUACGGAUCAGAGUAUGACCUGGACUAUGACUGCUAUCGGGAGGAGCUGUAUGACAGGGUCUAUGAUUACCAGCGUGUACCAUCUUCUCUGCCAGCACUGCCCCAUGGCUCCAGUUUACCCAAGCGAUCCCGCUCCUCCUCCUCCUCAUCCAGCCUGCGACGCAGCCGAGACAGGCCCUCCUCAAAGAGCUCCAGACCCCACUCCUCCAGCAAGGCCAAGUUGAAGAUGGAGGAGCUGCAGACUAUAAAGAGAGAGCUGACAGUGAUAAAGGUGCAGAUUGAUGGACUGUUGGAUAGCUUGGACAGGAUGGAUAGACAGAGAGAGGAACACACGGGUUCUCCUCUGUCUCAGGAGGGUAGUUUGGGGGGUUCACCCUACCACCUCUCAGCCAGCAGUCCGGAGGGCUCUCCCACAAGCCCCAGCCUCCGCCGCAGAGUCUGCAGAGACAGCCCCGAGCUGGGGGAGGCAAGCGAUGAUGACCCCCACACGAUGAAUCACCACAGCUCUGAUUUGGAGGACGAAAUGUAA